AUGGUGAAGGCCGGAGAAAUACGCCAGGGUUUCUCAGGGCUCGGAACAGUGUGGGUUCAAUGUCCCAUCGCGGCUGCAAAGAAGAUAGUGACUGGGGGUCGCCUACUAGUAGGAUGGGUCUCUGCGCAAGUGAAGCUGCUAGAGAAGAGGCCUUUACGAUGCUUCCGGUGCUUUAGAAAUGGGCAUGUAAGGGCGCAAUGUCAGGCGGAAACGAACCGAUCUGAAAGCUGUUUCCAGUGUGGCAAAGAGGGUCACAAAGCGGCACAAUGCACUGCCGCGCCACACUGUGCCGAGUGUGCGGCAGCCGGCAAGCCGUCGGAGCACAGAAUAAGCAGCAAGGCGUGCACUGCGCCCAAAACUGCCGGAAAAAGUAGGAAGACCAAAGCUGCUGAUGGCCCCCAGGCCCCCUCGCAGCCGGUCAAGUCGCCCGCCAUGGAACAGGUCGUGACGGAGGCGGUUCAAAAUAUGGCCGUCGAUUAA